UCGUCACAAAACCGAUUGGGGAUUCAAUCAAGAUGAUAACUGGAAUAGUCAAAAUCGAGAAAAACUUCUAGAAACCCUUCAAGAAUUCACUAAUAGAAAUGCAAAUGGUGUUAAUGUUUACCUUGGAACGUAUAAAAAUCAAAAUGCGUACCUUGUAAUUGAUCACACGUCGUACCGAUGUCUUAUAGUUUAUCGUGGAGGGGAGAAAGAUUAUUUCUUAUGGUCCGGAUGGGUACUCGGCGAAAAUCAAUACAAAUCUAUUACAAAACCACCAUACAAAUUAAAUGCAACAAUACUUUUAGUAUACGAAGAAAUACUCGAACAAAUUGCCAAUUCUGAAGGUGAAAGAGAUGAUUUAAUUCUACAAUAUUUAGGAAUCUUCCAUGAUGAUAAAAAUUUCUAUGAAGAAAAAGUAUAUGAUAAAUUUGCAGAAUUUUUUGGUCUUGCCGAAAGUUAUAUUCCAUUGUCAUUCGAUGGAAGGGAUGAAAUUACUCCUGAAGACAAUUACGAACUUGAUUUUGAAAAAAUUAGGAAAAAGGCAGGAACAAUUCUGGGAGAACUGGAAAAGGUUACACUUUAA